AUGUACCAGGAAAUCAAGCCCAUGCCGGAUGUAUCAGAAGCAUAUGGAUUCAGAUCACAGAAAAAACUCUCAGAGAACAUAGAGUGGUCUUAUGCGGGAACUCUAAACCAAAAUAACUGGGCAAAGAAAUACCCAUCAUGCAACAAUGCCAAACAAUCACCAAUAAACAUUGAGGAGAGCCUGACACAGGUCAAAAUUCAAUUCCAGAAGCUGAGAUUAGAGGGAUGGGCGGAAAAGACAUCAGACUCCACUACAGUAAAGAAUGAUGGGAAAACAGUGGCCAUUGAUGUGGGAGGAGAUUUUUUUGUGAGUGGAGUGGGACUCAGGUCCAAGUUUAAGGUGGGACGCAUCACUUUCCACUGGGGCCUGUGCAAUGCCUCCUCUGAUGGGUCGGAGCAUGGCCUCAACGAUGAAAAAUUCCCCCUGGAGAUGCAGAUAUACUGUUAUGAGGCAGAUGCUUUCAGUGGCCUCGAUGAGGCCCUCAGCGCAGCAGGAAAGAUCACAGCGUUGGCCGUGCUGUUUGAGAUAAGUACUGAGGAUAAUGAAAACUACAUGGCCAUCAUUGACGCAGUCAACAGUGUCAGCCGUUAUGGAAAGAGCGGCCCUGUCUCUCCGUUCACCCUGCAAGGUCUCCUGCCCAAAUCCACAGAGAAGUACUUCAUCUAUAACGGCUCUCUGACCACCCCUCCCUGCUCUGAGACCGUGGAGUGGAUCGUCUUUAAAAACACGGUGACCAUCUCAGAUGUUCAGCUGGAGAUGUUCUGUGAGGUGAUGACCAUGCAGCAGGCUGGAUAUGUCAUGUUAAUGGACUACCUGCAGAAUAACUACAGAGAGCAGCAGGAACAAUUUAUGGGACAAGUCUUCUCAUCCUACACUGGCAUCGAGGAGGUCCAUACUCCUAUUUGUAGUUCUGAGCCAGAGAAUGUGCAAGCCAACCCUAAUAAUCACACCAGUAUGCUUGUGAUCUGGGAGAGACCGCGGGCCGUUUAUGACUCGAGCAUAGAGAGAUACUCAGUCACUUACCGGCCAGCCCAGGGCGAUGAUGAAUCGGCCUUAGAGUACUUGACUGAUGGAGACCAGGAUGUGGGGGCGAUCAUUCAGGACUUGGUGGCCAACACUAGUUACAUGGUGCAGGUAGUUGCUGUGUGCACCAACGGUCUGUAUGGCAGAGUGAGUGACCAGCUGACAGUGGACAUGCCCCUGGAUGAUGCUGAAACAGACAAUGACUCCGACUCGUUUGAAUAUGAUGAAGAGGAAGACCAUCACAUCAGUCCGUUUUUGAUCAGACCUGGCACAAAUAAGGUUCCAUAUCCCUUCCAAACCACCACAACCAGCCCAAGAGUUACUAAAACAGAGCGCCCGGUCCAUCCAGUCAUUAAGACGACACCAAGGACUCAUGAAAGAAGACUCUCAGUAGAAGACUCCCAGAAGACUCAUGAUCAUUAUUUUUCAGCAGUAUACACAGAUGAACCUACUCUGAAAUACACAGACAAACCUACCAUCCCGGCAACCAUAGCCACCAGUUUUGUUGUGGAUAUACAUACCACUAGACCAGAUGGUUCUAGCAUUGUAGCAGGUGUAUCCUCAGAGUCUGAUGGCCAAAGCAAUACCUUCACAGAUUCUCCAACAAGCAUCACCCCUGAAACAAGCAUCACCCCUAAAACAAGCGCCACCCCUGAAACAAGCAUCUCCCCUGAAACAAGCGUCACCCCUGAAACAAGCGUCACCCCUGAAACAAGCAUCUCACCUGAAACAAGCGUCACCCCUGAAACAAGCAUCUCACCUGAAACAAGCGUCACCCCUGAAACAAGCGUCUCCCUUGAAACAAGCGUCACCCCUGAAACAAGCGUCUCCCUUGAAACAAGCGACUCCCCUGAAACAAGCGUCACCCCUGAAACAAGUGUCACCCCUGAAACAAGCAGAACCCUUGAAAAAAGCAUAACCCUUAAAACAUUUGUAACAUCACCUUCGAUAUACAUUUCGGAGGUUGAGGAAGUGACUCAAACUGUAACCGACUCACACAGCUAUGGGGAGAGUUCAGUGACUGUAGCACCAUUGCCUGAAAUCCCAAUGGAAUCAACUUCCUCUACCUUCCCCCCAGAGGUCCCUCUGUGGCCUACAACUGCUAGCUUGCCUUUUCCAACCACUGACGCUUUCAGUACUGUUCUGUCGCAGACCACCCAGCCAGUGUUUAAUGGUGAGAGUGCUUCGUAUGCCCCCUCUGUAUCUGACACUUUGUCCUACGUGCAUGCAAGUCCUGUGUCCCCCCAUUCCUUAAGCAGUGUGUUGUCUGAGCCCAUCCCUGACUGGGACAUCCCAUACACUGUUUCCAAGCUGGUGUAUGGUGGUGCACAGUCUAUCACCCCUUCCCCUUCCUACCCUACCCUAUUCCUCACCGGCUCUGAGGCUUAUUUAGACAUGGAGUCUGUCUCUAGUGGUGGUUGUAUUGAUGAUGAUGGUGAUGAUGAUAUUUUGUCUGGGUCCAUCUCGGCUGACCCCCAGUGUAGAAGUACUCUUCCCCUUCAAACGUUACCAGAAGUGACUGCUUCUGUGGUCUCCAUGCAGCCAAGCUCUGAACAUGACCUCUCUGAUUCCCCUAGUAUUGUCUCCAUGCUGAGCUCUUUUGCACAUCUCCAGCCUUCAGUUCCUGUCUCUAACGACUACUCUUUGACGACGACAACCCUUGACUCUGACUCUUCUCUCUCAGGUAGCGUUGGGGACUCUAGACUGCUGACGGAGUGGGUAGAUUCUUCUAUAGUAGCUCCUACCUUUAGUCAAGACAAUGGUGCAUCUACUGAAAUCUCUCUGCAUGCCUCUUCUAACUUCCUGCUGCCCUCCUCUACUUUGGGACUGUCCCCGUGUAGUGGUCUCUUGGGUGACCCAUCUAGUCCUGUAGAACACCAUUCGUUUCUGUCCACCUCCAGCGCAGGUACUCUUCUGUGCAGCGAAGCAGAUUUGGACCUCCGCAACGAGGCUCUUUUGUCAUCUCUUCCCAUUUUCACCAUGCCUUCUAGUGACCUCAGCAUUUCUGUUUCAGCCACCAACAGCAGCGUUGCACAAAGUGCAACUGGACAGUCCCAGGGAGCACCUGCUCCCGUAAGGUCUCCUAUUGCGCCAACCUCUACUGCAGAAUUCAUAUUCAAACCUACUCCUGUGGUGCCCCCAACUAUUGCGCCAACCUCUGCCCCAGAAUCCAUCUCUGUGGUUGCUCCUGUGGUGCCCCCAACCGUUGCACUUUCCUCUGCUCCAGAGUCCAGUUCCAUGCCUACACACUCUGCAGAUGGACAUCUGGAGAACAGUGCCUCGGGCUGGGCUCUUGACUUAGAUUUGGGCCAGAGCUCAGCAUCAGGAGAUGAAAGUAUUGUCCCAUAUAUCACCACUGCCACUCCUACAGAGGUACCUCCUGAAGAGAAGGAUGAUGGGAACGAGGAACACUCUUCCUCCUUCUACUUUGAAGGUGAGAAUGGGAAAGAUAGUGAAUCUACCGAGUUCAGAGUCACCCUGCGCCCUAGCCCGUCCUGGACUCUAAGAGGAAGUGGGGAAGAGGAGAGCGGAUCAGGAGAAAACCUCACAGAUAAUGAGACAUCUUCAGACUUCAGUAUUCCAGAGCGCACUGAGAGGGAUUCAGAGGAGGAACCAGUGGAAGAUGCUGGUAACAGCAGUCAUGAGUCGCGGGUGGGCCUGGCAAGCAGCAUUGAGCGCCAGAAGAAGGCUGUGAUUCCUCUGGCUGUGGUCUCCACCCUCACCUUCCUGGGUCUCAUCGUUUUGAUUGGCAUUUUUAUCUACUGGAGGAAAUGUUUUCAGACUGCUCAUUUCUACAUUGAAGACAGCACAUCACCCAGGGUUAUAUCCUCCUCGCCAAUGCUGAGCCCUACAGGUGAACACGAUCCCCAGUCAGUAAAGCAAUUUGUGAAGCAUGUGGCUGAGCUUCACAACACCAACUCAUUUUCUAGAGAGUUUGAGAUAUUGAAAGAGUAUUUUGAGGAAGUUCAGACGUGCACCGUGGACCUCGGAACAACAACGGACUGUUCCAGCCAUCCAGACAAUAAGAACAAGAACCGAUACGUCAACAUUUUAGCCUAUGACCACAGCAGAGUGCGACUCGCACCCCUAAAUGACAAAGAUGGGAGAAGUGGAGGGGACUAUAUAAAUGCCAACUAUGUGGAUGGUUUUAACAAACAGAAAGCCUACAUUGCAGCACAAGGGCCCUUAAAGUCCAGCACAGUGGAUUUCUGGCGGAUGGUGUGGGAGCAGAAUGUGGGAGUGAUUGUUAUGAUCACAAACAUCAUGGAGAAAGGAAGGAGGAAGUGUGACCAGUACUGGCCUCUGGAGAACCAGGAAGACUAUGGAUGUUUUUUGGUUACUGUUAAGAGCACAAAAGUCCUCGCGCACUACACCCAGAGAACCUUCACCAUCAGAAAUACCAGCAUAAAGAAGGAUUCUCAGAGAGGUCGUAGUAACGAGAGGACAGUAAUACAGUACCACUACACACAGUGGCCAGACAUGGGUGUACCUGAGUACGUCCUGCCUGUGCUUUCAUUCGUCUACAAGUCCGCUAGAGCUCAAACAGACCACAUGGGGCCAAUGAUUGUACACUGCAGUGCUGGAGUGGGCCGAACAGGGACCUACAUAGUGUUGGACAGCAUGUUAAAACAGAUUAAAGGGCAGGGGACAGUCAACAUUAUGGGCUUCCUCAAACACAUUCGUACACAACGGAACUAUCUAGUUCAAACAGAGGAGCAAUACAUCUUUACCCAUGAUGCUCUAGUAGAGGCCAUUUUGAGUCAAGAGACAGAGGUGCCAUCAAGCCAUAUUCAUCAGUAUGUUAACAACCUCCUAACCCCAGGGGCCUCAUGUAAGACACAGCUGGAAAAGCAGUUUAAAUUGGUGUGCCAGUCGAAUGCCAAACAGAAUGAUUACAGCAGUGCCCUGAAUGACUGCAACAGAACAAAGAACAGGAGCUGCUCUCUGAUUCCUGUGGAGAAAUCCAGAGUGUGUUUGUCCACAUCAGCAGGAGAGACGUCUGACUAUAUCAAUGCCUCAUACGUCAUGGGCUAUCGGCAGAGCAAAGAGUUCAUCAUUACCCAGAAUCCUUUGCCCAGCACAGUGAAGGACUUGUGGAGGAUGGUGUGGGAUCACAACGCCCAGGUUAUUGUUUCAUUGUCGGACACGAGUAGCACGACAGAAGACAGCGAGCCAAUCAUAUUCUGGCCUGUGAGAGAUCAGCCAAUCAGCUAUGAGACGUUCUCUUUAUCGUUACGAGGGGAGGGCCACGUGUGCCUGUCCAAUGAAGACAUGUUGAUAGUGCAGGAUUACAUUCUAGAGGCCACACAGGAUGAUUUUGUUUUAGAAGUGAAGCAUUACCGGGCUCCACGCUGGCCAAACCCAGACAGUCCCAUCAGUAAUGUCUUUGAGCUGAUCAACAUCGUCCAAAAAGAGUCCGGCUCCAAAGAUGGACCCAUGGUCGUACAUGACGAGCGUGGUGGUGUGACGGCUGGAUCGUUCUGUGCGCUGUUCACUCUACUGCAACAGCUUGAGGCAGAGAGCGCGCUGAACGUCUACAUGUUGGCCAAGAUGAUCAACCUCAUGAGGCCUGGAGUCUUCACUGACAUUGAUCAGUAUCAGUUCCUCUACAAAGCCAUCCUGAGUUUGGUCAGCACCCAAGAAGACGAGCGAGCGUUUCAGUCUUCAGACAACAACGGCACGGUCCCAGGAGGCGUCUCGAGUGCGGCCGAGAGUCUGGAAUCUUUGGUGUAACCAUAGUGACGAGCCGGCACAGGAAAAAGACUUGUUUUUCUAUCAAAGAAUGCUCUUGUUUUCCCCCAGUCCAUCUCUGGACUGAUAGCGCUCUGCUGGAUGCAGCGCUGUCAUUAAAUGUGUGCCUUUGUACACUCCACGUUUUUAUUCAUGGUUUCUCUCUUAAAUCGCCACCUUGUGCUAAUGUCUUACGUACUAAUGUCUUCUCAUAGAGUCAUAUUUAUUUGCUUAAAAGCUUGUUUAAAAGGGAAAACUCCAUUUUUAUUUUAAUAAGAUUGUUUUUUAUUAGUCUAUUUUUUGAAGUAGAAUUUCAGCCAGUUUUUUCAUUCAAAUAUACAAAGAAAGUGGCAAAAUCAGUCAUGGAUAAAGGGCAGGAAAUAAUAUUCUAAUGUGUAAAUAAUAUUACAGCAACCACGUCGAUGGACCAAAUUUCUAUUUAUGUCUAGAAUUUUAUAUUUGAGGCAGUAGUGCUUUACAAGACAUGGCUGCGUUUGAAUAAUUUAGUCACAUUUGAAAUGAUGUUUUAAUAUUUCUGAUGCCUCUGUUUUGUUAUUGAUGUAAGAUGAUGCAUUACAUACUGACACUGUUUAGCUGUACAAGAUGUUUUUGUCUGUUCGUAGAAUUAAACCAAACAAGAAAGCACACAAGGAGACUGGUCUGUUUAUGCUGGGAUAUUUCAUGUGCUUAGACUUUAUAAUUCUUGUUUUUUGACAAUAUAUUUAAAAGGAAUAGUUUGUUUAAUAAUGUUAAUAUACCACAAAAAUAUUUUCCACAUUAACCCUAAUCCCUUCUUUAAAAGGAAAAAAAUAAAUCAGCAAGGCACUUACAAUAACAAAAAAAAAAUGAAUGAGGUCAAUUUGCAAACGUUAAAAUUGUCACCGUUUCAAUAAUGUAGACACAAAACAAACAAUAUGCAUACUAACAUGCUUCAUGUUAAAAUCACUCACUGACCUUCUCUGUGUAUUUAAUAUUUUUGUAA